GUCCAGUCCACCGCAUCGGCGAGAGAGGGGAAGCGCAGGUGGGUGCGUGAUGGCCGCCGUCGCCGGAGCCGGAGGAGGCGACGAGAUGCUGCUGCGGCGCUCGCGCCGGCGGCUGCCUCUCGCCGACCUCACGAACCUCUCCUCCGCCGCCUCCGCCAUCACCCGCCUGAAGCGCAAUCCCCAGCACCGCACGAGCCCCGCCAGCAGCGCCAGCAGCAUUGGCUCCUCCACCGUUCCCCGCAUCCCCACGCCUCCUCCGCCCGCGGCCCUCUCCGUUUCUACGACUAAGGGCAAGGAUAAAUCCACAAGGGAGCUUCAAAGUUCCAAUACUCAUCUAAACAAGAUUCAAAGGAUCAGUAAACCUAAGGUGAAGACUGCAGGCGUGCUACCUGAGACGUCAUCUCCUCCCAGCAAAAACACAAGGAAGAUAACCAGGAAAGAGCAGCCGCGCACAGAGUCUUUGAUCAUCCCCUUGUAUGCCUCUUGUAAAACAAAGGCGAAGACUAGUGGAGACGUGCUGCCUGGGGCAUCAACACCUCCCAGCAAAAAGAUAAUGAAGGUAACAAGGGAAGAGCAGCCGCGCACAGAGCCUUUGAUCCCCCCCUUGUAUGCCUCCAGUAAAUCAAGGCUGAAGACUGGAGACGGGCUGCCUGGGGCAACUUUGCCUCCCAGAAAAAAGACAAGGAAGGUAACAAGCAGCAGCAGGAAAGAGCAGCUGCAGAUGGAGGAGAUGAGUUGCGAUGAGUCCCUGGGACCGAGCGAGGAUUUCAUCAAGGAGCGAAGGGCCUACUUUGCGGAGAUCGAUGCGUUCGAGCUGGUAGAGGAGUUUGUUUCAUCAGGAAGCGACGCAGAGUAGACGUUCAUUUGCACGGCCAGCCUGGGUAGAGAGAGAUUAGCCGAGUCUUAAUUCUAGAGCGCGGAGUCCAUGAAGUAGUAAAGUGUUGAGUCCUCAAGAUUGGUUGCUGCCUCGCAAUUCCUCUGCUGACAUGAUGGUAGUCGUUAAGCUGGUGACAUGAUGGUAAGUACAGUAGAAAAUAUAAGGUGGUGGUAUGUAUGUAUAAGCUAGUGUAAUGCGUACUAGGUAUCGUCUUGUGAGCACUUAGGUAUUGUGAUGACAUGUAUCCAUGCAGAACCUGCAGAAGAAAAUGGUGGAAAGAGUAUGA